UCGAAUUCGUUAGUAAUGGCGAACCAACUUGAGGACUGGAAUGACGAACUGUCUCAAAUCCUUGUCCCGGAUUCCGUCAUUCUGAUGAUAUACUUAGUGGUCGGAGUACUUGGAAACUCUAUCGUCAUUUACAUACAUACUGUCCGACUCCAGUCCAACCGGGAAGAACGUUUUUUCAUACCUGUUUUGGCCGUCGUGGAUUUAAUAUCAUGUGUCGUAAGUACUGCGUUUAGUUUCUCCAUAAACAUGCUUCCCGUGAAAUACAACAACGACAGCGCGUGCAAGAUAAUGUUUUUCCUCAAUAUGACGUGUUCUUUGAUGGCAGCGCUCAUGCUCGUCGUCAUAGCAAUGCACAGACAUAGAAAAAUAUGUAAACCUUUCAGUAAACAACUGAACAUGUUCUGGAAGAAGAUUGCUAUUGUUUGUAUUGCUGGCGUCUCCUUGGUGAUUUCCUGGCCUUGUUUCCUCUUCUACGGCUCCAAGGAGGUGUACAAGGAGGAGAGUCUCACUAUAGGAUACCGUUGUACCAAUGUCCGGGGACCCUGGUCAACAGUCCAGCCACUGGUAUUCAAGGCUGCUGUCAUGCUGUUGGUGGCCUUCAUUCUCGUGUCACUGGUGGUCUUCUAUGUCCUGAUAGGAAUAGUCGUAUUCAGGCAGAUGCGCUUUCACAAGAAGCAGGGUAUCGCUUAUGGUGCCUCAGACGACAGAUCACAAAACACUAAAUCCCCGAAUUCAAAUUCUGGUGAUUCAUCAUAUGUCACAGAAGUACCGGACAAAAAUAGUGCGCCUAAAAUCGAUACUCAAAAAUCCUCAGAAGCUGACAUUUCAUCACCAAUCGACAACAAUGCAAAAUCGCUGAACAUGGUUUCUGAUUCUGAUCAAAAGUCCUCCUCUAAUAUUGGACACAACCAAAGGCGAUCAACAACGUGUAAAAGUGCUCUCACGAUUGAUCACACAACCAGAAACACUGGUCCCUCAAUGACCCCGGGGGUGCGACUGUCGCUCAUCUUCAUGUUGAUCACUCUGGUGUUCAUUGUGUGUUAUGUACCAAAAGUGGGACUGAUGAUCUACGAAUCCCGGAAUGAGAACUUCUGGAUCGAGCUUCCCCCCUCGGAGUUGUCGGGCUUCAGGUUCCUUUACACUGCUUUUAUCAUCAACAACAUUGUCAAUCCUAUUAUCUACGGUUUCCUCGACCGACGAUUCCGUGACGAGGUGUACGGAUUGUGUCCCUGUGUGAAGAAAUAGCAUUCCUUAUUUCGAAGUGGAUGUCUACAAGAAGGCUUAUUUCUUGAAAACAUGUAAAACGUCUAAGUUUAUUUCUUUUAUUAUCGGAAAGAAUGAAAGAACUAGUGGGCAAGUUGGGAGUGAGUUUGCCGAACCGUCGGUAUCUGAUGUGACGGAACAAUUACAGACAAGUGUGUGACAUUACUAAUUGUUCGCAAGAUUGUCGUCGAAAGUUAAUAUUUAUAUGGAUGGAAUUGGUACAUUCUUCUCGGAGGAUUACACUCCGUGUCAUUAGAGUGGAAUGAAACUAUUUGUGUUCAAAGUCGUCACGCUGAAUUGAUGAGAAAAUUGUCAACGCCGUAACAAAUACCCAUGUGCUUUUCGUUAUUCACAGAGGGCGCUACUUCGCUGUUGAACACAGUAUAGUGGAUGUUUGCACGUGGAGCAUUGUCCCUCAGAAAACAAUACGGCUUUCCGAAUACAUGUAUUUCUAGCAGGUUUAUCUUAAAAG